AUGGGUUUCCAGCUGUCCCCCGGGCCCGCAGCGUCGGCACGAUUGCAGGUAGAACCGUCCACCACCGAUCGUGCCGAUUUUUCUUCCCUUCGCGGUCAAGAGAAGGAAGGGCGCUCGCACACCCGCCCUUCUCGCCGGGCGCGUUCGCCAGCGCACUUUGCCGGACCAAGCCGACGGGAGGCACCGCCGGAGCCGCCGCGCCGCGGCGUUACCUGCGUCCACCACCGGUACGAGGAUCGCCGGCGCGCCGGCCUUUCCGCACGCAAGAACUUCUGA